AUGUCGUGGAAUACUAUCAGAAGGCAACUGGAUUUCUACUUCAUUACAAUUCAUCCAGUGUUUGGGUUUUUGAAUAAAAGCUCUGUUUACGAACGCUGCGAAAAACACUGGAAUGGCCAGCCACAGUCGCCUGACUUUGAGGCUAUCGUCAGUGGGCUGGCUGCAUUGACAUCCCUGUUCAACGGAUCUCUCGACCGAGAAAAGGAAAUGUGGCUAGCGUUACAUGCCAAGGAGAUAUUGGAGGACCCCUUCAUCAGUCGCUUUCCCUCAAUCGACCAGGUGGCAGCCUGGAUUCUCCGGACGCUCUUUCUUCGUGCUACCACUCGCCCACACGUGGCUUGGAUAUGCAGCUGCACGCUGAUGCACCUGGUCGAGGCGACGGGCCUGCAUCAGAAUCCACAACCACUUAUUCUGGCGACCGCGGGGCUGGAGGAUGCUACUUCAGAACUGUCGAACGCAUUGGAGAGAACAGCAUGGGCAGCCCACUGCUUGCAUGUGAUCAUAGCAUAUGAGUAUGGUCGAUCUGUGAUGGACCUUGAUUUUUCACUUCAUAAAUCUCCGCCGUUGUCAACUGGCGUUGACGACUUCACUCCUGAACUCUGCACCCUUGUCGAAGCAGUCCCCCUUUCCAGGGCUACAGACCCAGGUGUAGCGAUACAUGAAUUGUCAACCGCGUUAAGCCAACUGGCUGAGAGGUCUGCUUCUCAUGAAUUCCUGAUAUUGGUUCGAGCGGACUUGGGGUUCUCUGUCUACAGACGGCUUCGUCUGCUCAAGUCAAAUCUACGAGAAAGCCUACUUGAAGAGGUGAUCGCCAUGGGCAUGUCUGCUCUUCCUGCAGCACGUACUUUGGUGAGCCAGAACCAGCCAUGGUGGAAUGUCAUAAGUACUGUGUUCCAAUUCGUUUGCGUUCUCUUGGCCAUCGACACCCAAGCCAGCCUCACGCACCUCCCGGAAGUCAUGGAUACGUUGGAGAUGAUUGUCGAUCAGCUGGAUACACAUCUCGCAAACGAGGCCAUUGCCACUGCACGUGGUCUGGUUCGAGCUUUGCUGGAAAAAAGGCGCAGAAGUAUCGAAACACUGGAAAAUAUUCUUGGUCCUUCAAGUGAUGUUUCCGCUGAUGCCAAAAGUCAAGCUGAGCAACCAACUGAAAUCGGCGAUUCUUAUUGCUAUCCCCAGCAGGCUUCCGAUUUGGACUUUUUUUUGAACAUGGAUUUCUUUAAUUGA